CUGAGGAAGACUCCCAACUUGUUCGUGGAAGUUGCUCCAGGGUACAAAUUUGCCAGAGCCAACUCCGUAAGCUCUCCAAACAUGCAAACCUUCCUUGGUGUAAAUGUUGUUAAUGAAACUAACUCCCUCCUAUUUUACUGGAGUGGACUUUGCAGCAGGUUGUGGCUCGCUUACCGUCACCCGGACACCAGAAAUUCCGCCAGAUUACUCAAUGGCCGCCAUCAUUUGUGAGGCUGUCUCUAUGUCGUGGCCUGAAUUGAGAUUGGUGCACAUGUGACUUUUAAUUGUCGCGGCCUUACGAUCACAAGAUCCUUUUCCGCCUUGGGGGUCGGAAAAGUCAAAACGCUUUAGUUCAAUUGCAUACUCGCGGGCAACAUGGUAGACUGAAAGUAAUGGAAACGCGCAAUGAUAGCAUCCUGCGUUAUCGCUCCUUAAAUAAACAGAGUUGACUUCUGGCAUGAUUUCCUUAAGUUGACGAAAGACGUCAUCAAUAAUGGCGAGUAACAGGCGAGUAACCAGCCUCGCAACUCUCUGUGUUUAAAAAACGGUUUCACUAAAUCUGUUACAAGGUGAAGAUUUCUACUUUUAGACUGCAAACAAAUUCUCUCAGUUCGCUCAAAACAAACAAAAACAGACACCUGUUUUUAAAUUAGUACCGACAUUCUUAAUUAAAUUUAUUUGAAAAAAAAGUGAUAGCGACGACGUUUUUAUCCGAUUUCACGAGGUUUUUCCGAGGGCAACGCCGCCAAAUUUUUUUCGUUUCCUCAGGUAAUGAUUUUUCUAUAGCGAUCAUAUUUGUCACUCUUUUGCCUUUAUUCGUUUUUUUAAGCAGGUUUCUGUUUUUCUUUCCUUCUUUUUUUACUCUGAUAUUUCAGUAAUAAAAAAAAUCGCUAAGAUCCACUAGACCACUUGUUCCAUGUUCCAUGUUCCAUGUUCCAAUCCUUCUCUCCUGUAGUUGUAGAUUUCACUUGGAUGAAGCGGUAUUUCACAACUCCACGUGAUAACAUAUGUUUUUGACUUGAGGUCUCUUGGUUCCGCUUUGGUUUGCUGCUCAGUUCAAAACUAAUGUUUCGACAAAGACUUACGAAAGGCACUCUAAGACCACUUUUCAGGAAAAUGGAGGCAGUGAAUACGCACAACAAAAACCAAGGUCCAAAGCAUGCAAAACAAACGAUGCCAACCGUGCCGCUAUCAUGUCGUGGGAAAUGAUUUUGAACGACUGGUUAUGGUUCACGAACCAAAUGACACCGGCCUACAGAAAUACAGUUCUCUUCAUCAUUGAUUUGAAGACAGAAAGGUUAGAUUGUAUACGUUAA